GUAUGGUCACUCCCGACUCCGCAGUCCCCUCUCGAAGCCUGUACACUUACAAAUCUACAACGCUAUUUAACUAAACAGAUCAAAAUCAGAUUCAGACAAAUUUAUUUUUCUCUUACAGUUAUCUUAAGUUUAAUUAAUCAAUGUCUCUUCCCAGAAGUCCGCCACCAACGGCGAGGGAGUCCACCUGGGAUUGCAUGCUCCCCGGCCCACCAUCCCGCAACAACUUCGGUUCCGUCGACCUCUCCUCAUCUGGUCUUCUUGCCUUUCCUUCUGGAUCCUCCAUUUGCGUCGUAGAUUCCCGUUCUCUCCAACUUAUUUCCACGAUCCCUCUUCCUCCUCUUCCUUCCAAUUCCUCUCCUUCUCUCUCUCCCUUCAUUACCUCCGUCCGCUGGACUCCUCUCCCUUUACGUCGUGACCUCCUCUCCACUGAGCCUUCCUCCUCUCACCUACUCCUUGCCGCAGGUGACCGUCAUGGUCGCAUCGCGCUUCUUGAUUUCCGUCUCAAGUCGGUUCUUCUCUGGCUCGAUCCUGACCCGAACCCGAAAUGUGGUAUCCAGGACCUUUGCUGGAUCCUUUCCCGUCCUGAUUCUUAUAUUCUCGCUUCAAUCUCUGGUCCUUCCUGUCUUUCUCUAUAUACCACUACUUCUCCUGCGCGAUGUUUCUUCAAAUACGACGCUUCGCCGGAGUUUCUCUCGUGUAUUCGCCGUGAUCCUUUCGAUUCCCGCCAUUUUAUUGCCAUUGGUCUUAAAGGAAUUCUUUUAUCCAUUAAAGUACUUGGAGAAGCAGAAGAUGAUGUUGCGAUAAAGGUGCUUCGCAUUCCAACGGAUUGCGCUGAAUUAGCGAGGUUAGAAAGGGAUGCGCUGAGUGGAUCCUCUUCUCCGUCGCCGGCGUCAGCUAUAUACCCACUGUAUAGCGUGAAAUUGGCGUUUUCGCCGCAGUGGAGGCACAUUAUUUUUGUCACUUUUCCAAGAGAGUUGGUAGUGUUUGAUUUGCAGUAUGAGACUGCACUUUUUAGCACAGCCUUGCCGAGAGGGUGCAGUAAGUUUCUGGAUGUGUUGCCUGAUCCAAAUAAUGAGCUGCUGUAUUGUGCUCACCUUGAUGGGCGUCUCAGCAUCUGGCGGCGAAAAGAAGGAGAGCAAGUGCAUAUAAUGUGUUUGAUGGAGGAGUUGAUGCCUGCAGUUGGAUCAUCUGUCCCUUCUCCUUCAGUUCUAGCUGUCACCGUCUGCCAAUCAGAGUCAACACUCCAAAAUGUUGCCAAGUUAUAUUAUGAUUCUCCUAAUACUCCUUUGGCUGAUAUGGAUUUUGACAAUCCUUUCGAUUUCUGUGAUGAUACUCUUCUUCUUUCCAAGACACAUGUGAUAUCCAUUUCUGACGAUGGAAAAAUAUGGAACUGGCUCUUGACUUCUGAAGGAACUGGAGACACCCAAAAGGAUUUUAAAGAUUUGGACCAUGACGUGCAGCUUUCAAAUGGCAUAGCUUCUGCUGAUGGACUUGCUUCUGAAGCAGGCAAACAACAAGAGAAUGUUAGUGGCAAUAAAAGUCGUCCAUCAUCCUUUCUUAGCCAGGCAUCUGUAUCAUAUAAGGUCAGCUUAGUUGGACAGCUUCAGCUUCUUUCUUCAACAGUAACUAUGCUGGCUGUGCCCUCCCCUUCUUUAACAGCUACUUUGGCCCGUGGAGGAAAUUAUCCUGCUGUAGCUGUUCCCCUGGUCACAUUGGGAACUCAGAGUGGAACAGUUGAUGUCAUCGAUGUUUCUGCUAAUGCUGUUGCAGCAAGUUUCUCAGUUCAUACUGGUACAGUUAGGGGAUUACGAUGGCUCGGAAAUUCUAGACUGGUUUCAUUUUCUUACAAUCAGGUGAAUGAAAAAAACGGAGGUUACAUUAAUAGGCUUGUUGUGACCUGUCUUAGAAGUGGCCUUAAUAGACCAUUUCGGGUUUUACAAAAGCCAGAGCGUGCACCCAUUAGAGCGUUAAGGACUUCGUCAUCUGGAAGGUACUUGCUUAUUUUGUUUCGUGAUGCACCUGUGGAAGUUUGGGCAAUGACAAAAAAUCCCAUUAUGCUUAGAUCAUUAGCUCUUCCAUUCACGGUAUUGGAAUGGACUCUUCCAACAGUUCCGCGCACAGUUCAAAAUGGUCCAUCUAGGCAAUUUUCAUGGUCAUCCAAAGAUCAGCAACCUGUAACACAAGAUGGAGCAUCUACUCCAAAAACAUCUUCAUCAGAAUCUAAAGAAGCAAGUUCAGACGCAUCUCAGGAUGACACGGCAGAAAGUUUUGCAUUUGCACUAGUAAAUGGCGCACUUGGAGUUUUUGAGGUUUGUGGGCGGAGGAUCCGGGAUUUCAGACCAAAAUGGCCUUCUUCUUCAUUUGUUUCCUCUGAUGGAUUGAUUACAGCCAUGGCUUAUCGCUUGCCUCAUGUCGUUAUGGGAGACAGGUCAGGGAACAUACGAUGGUGGGACGUGACAACUGGGCAUUCUUCGUCAUUUAAUACUCACAGGGAAGGAAUCCGGAGAAUCAAGUUCUCACCAGUUGUUCCUGGAGACCGUAGCCGAGGGCGUAUUGCAGUGCUUUUUUAUGAUAAUACCUUUUCUGUAUUUGACCUUGAUUCACCGGAUCCAUUAGCCAAUUCCCUUUUGCAACCUCAGCUUCCCGGAACCCUUGUACUGGAACUUGAUUGGUUGCCUUUACGAACUGACAUAAACGACCCCCUGGUAUUAUGCAUUGCAGGAGCUGAUAGCAGUUUCCGACUUGUGGAGGUUAACGUAAAUGACAAAAAGCUUGGCCAUGGACUGCCGGCCCAAGCUCUUAAAGAAAGAUUUAGGCCUAUGCCUGUAUGUUCUCCAAUACUGUUCCCAACACCACAUGCCCUGGCAUUGCGGAUGAUCUUGCAAUUGGGUGUCAAGCCCUCUUGGUUUAACACUAGUGGUACAACCAUUGAUAAAAGGCUUCACUCAAUUCCAGGAACUGCUUCUCCUGCAACAGAUCUGCGCAGUUACCUGAUUGAUUUACCUCCUAUUGGUGACUCUGUGGUGCCAGAAAUGCUCUUGAAAGUAUUGGAGCCUUAUCGAAAAGAAGGUUGCAUAUUGGAUGAUGAGAGAGCAAGAUUAUAUGCUACCAUAGUCAACAAAGGUUGUGCUGCGAGAUUUUCCUUUGCAGCUGCAAUAUUUGGUGAAACAUCAGAAGCACUUUUCUGGCUGCAGUUGCCUCAUGCUCUAAAACAUUUGAUGAAUAAGUUGGUAAAUAAGUCUCCUAAGAAACCGUCCAACUCAGCUUCCAUUCCAGGACUUGAUGACACGGCGAUGUUGACCAGAAUUGCAUCAAAGGGGAAAUCAUUGGCUGGUACUGAGAAGGACUCAUUGAGCAAAGGCCAACUUGGAUUGAUGGCUUUCCAGCAAGAAGAAUUAUGGCAGAGUGCUAGUGAGCGAAUUCCUUGGCAUGAGAAACUGGAAGGAGAAGAGGCUAUUCAGAAUCGUGUGCAUGAGCUUGUGUUAGUUGGGAAUUUGGAAGCAGCAGUUAGUUUGUUGCUUUCUACCUCUCCAGAUAGCAGUUGUUUCUAUGCAAAUGCUUUACGUGCAGUUGCACUUUCUUCAGCCGUGUCACGAUCUCUUCAUGAGCUUGCAGUUAAGGUUGUUGCAGCUAACAUGGUCAGGACUGACAGAUCACUGUCUGGCACUCAUCUUCUUUGUGCUGUAGGAAGAUAUCAAGAAGCUUGUUCACAGCUCCAAGAUGCCGGAUGUUGGACAGAUGCUGCAACUUUAGCUGCUGCACACUUGAAAGGAUCUGAUUAUGCAAGGGUGUUACAACGGUGGGCUGACCAUGUACUUCGUGUUGAACACAACAUCUGGAGGGCUUUAAUUUUGUUUGUUGCAGCUGGUGCAUUGCAAGAGGCACUCGCUGUACUCCGUGAAGCACAACAACCUGAUACAGCUGCCAUGUUCAUACUUGCUUGUCGUGAAAUCCAUGGAGAAAUAAUUACAGCUUUAAGAAAUUUAGACGACCAAUCAGGUUCUUCUUUGAAUGAUGCUCUAAUCAACUUACGAGGGUUGAACCCAGAGAAUGAAGAUGUUAUUGCCGUUGGUGAAUAUUUUGGACAGUAUCAAAGAAAAUUGGUUCAUUUGUGCAUGGAUUCGCAGCCGUUUUCUGACUAAUCGCGGAUCAGAAAACUCUUCCGUCAGUUUUCCUUGCUGGAUAUUUCACCAAAAGCAACCUCGCGACCAGUCACAGAAACCGCAUUGAAAUGAUAUAUGAUCUGUUUUAAAAUUUUGGUUUUAACUUUGUGAAUACAAUUUCUAUUUUAUUUAUUUAUUUGUUCCUUUUUGCAUAUGUUUCCUAUUUAUGUCAUAUCAAUAGCCAUAUUGUCCUA